AAAUUACGGAAGUUAUCUUCCGUCUACAAAAGUUGAAUUGUCUACACGGGACUCCUCCGUCGAUUGUUUCUGAAAUUCUGCAUAGGUUGAGAAGGUAUGGUGUACACACGAUCUGUUAAUCAGAAUGAUUCAGAAAAUCUCUAUAAAUUCUGCAAUCGGCAUGAGCUGAUUUGUAGAGGCACUUGAGAGCUCGACUAGUUUCUCAUUAAUAAACAAGAAUCAAGAGAUGACAUCUUUUCUAGCUAAGCUCUGCUUUGGACUAUCUCAGUUUCUGAUGUUCCAAGUCCUGACAGCAUAUGAUCCCACAAAAGGAUUCGUUUCUUUGCCAUUCAACACAUCUGUUUACCACAUUCAAAAGCCAUACGACAAGCAAGAAAAUCAACGAUACAGCUUCAAGAACGGAGUCCACAAAUUAUGGGUUUUUGCCAAUGAUAAACCUCACACCACAACUAGCCACACAAAGCCGAGGACUGAGAUUGCUAUCCAAGGGUACGGUUACUCCUCAGGAGUAUGGGAAUUUGCAGCAGACGCGUACGUUCCAAAAGGAACCACAGGAGUGUGCAUAAUGCAAGUAUUCGGGGCAACUGCACCACAUGCCUCAACUCUCAUGCUCAGAGUUUACGAUGGCGCGCUCAUGUACUAUCAAGACACUGUCUUGGUUGGCAACAUCUACAAUCGAUGGUUCCAUCUAAAUGUUGUGCAUUACGUCGAGGCGGCUAAAGUAAUGGUGUACAUAGAUGGACUGCUCAAGUUGACAGCAGAUGGUCGCGGGGGACACUCUCAUGCUUUCAAAUGCGGCGUUUAUGCACAAACCGGUGAUUCAUUUCGCAUGGAGUCCCGGUGGAAGAAUAUCCAAGUUCUAAAGCACAUCUGAUUACUCAAAUUGUUGUGUUAUACUUGUACGGGUCCAUUUGUCAGGACAAUAUCAUAUCUGUAUUUCAAGGGUUUGGAUUGAAACUUUUUUUUUUUAACUAUCUGCUGUAAUCUUUCUCGGAUCGGAACUUUUCUUUUCCGCGACCCUUGAAAUACAGAUGUGAACUUUUUUUUUCCGCGACCCUUGAAAUACAGAUCUGAUGAUAAUAGAACUGUGUGUUAGAUUAGACCCCUGCCAAAUGGUUGUCUGGAACCAAAACCCUACUUGUAUAUAUAGCCAUCUGUGUAUUGUGUAAUGCAUUUUGUUCUGUUGUUUGAA